CCAGUCCCUCACUCUACACUCACCAAUCUUCUCAACUCUUCUUCUUCUACCUAAGGCAAUCAGCAUCUUUCGCAUCUUCUUCUUCUUCUUCUUCUUCUACCUAAGGCAAUCAGCAUCUCUCGCAUCUUCUUCUUCCUAAACGGUUUCACUUUGCUUUUGCUUUCUCCUUGCUUCUCAAGCAAUACCAUGAUGGCUGCUCUUGAAGCUCUGGCUCUGCCCCACGACCACCAUCGUUUUCCCUCAGCACCCACCACCACCACCACCACGGCUGACACCACCACCACCACCUCCUCGGAAGAGUACGCCCCCAAUUUCGACUCAUGGAAGAAGGGGAAACGCUCCAAGCGCCCCAGAUCCGAGGAGGAAUACCUGGCACUCUGCCUCGUCAUGCUCGCCAACAGCGGCCGCGCCGGACCGACGCCAGUACCGGUAGCGGUGGAGGCGCCACCCGCCCUCACUUACCGCUGCUCUGUCUGCGACAAGGCCUUUCCCUCCUAUCAAGCGCUCGGCGGUCACAAGGCCAGCCACAAGAAGACCACCGCCUCCUCCACCGACUCCGGCGACCAAUCGGCUGAACGCGCCAAGGUUGCCAAGAUCCACCAGUGUUCCGUCUGCUUCAAGCUCUUCCCCACCGGCCAGGCGCUCGGUGGCCACAAGCGCUGCCACUGGGACGGAGGAGUCGCCGCCACCACCAGGUCCACCACCACCAACACCAACACCAACAAUUCGGACAUGAGCGGUAGCUUGGUGCUCUCCAAGGGACCCAUGUUCGACUUGAACCUGCCCGCUCGGCUCGAUUUCUGGCCGGAGACCGCCGACGACGAAGUCACCAGUCCGCUCACCAUCAAGCGCCGCUUGUUCUAGAUGUCACCUGAAGCUUGCAGAUUUCCCAAUUCUUUCAUCUGUUGAUCACAAAAAUUCCAUUCUUUGUGUAAAUGAACAAUAAGAAGUUAGUUUCGUUCGAUUGAUAUUCUUUUUCACUUUGAUAUAAUGAAAGAAAUGAUUGGCAA